CGUCAUCUCAGUUAAAUAUGGAGAUAAAAAAUCUCAUCUUGGUAUUUUUUUUAAAUUAUCAUUUAUCAUUUUACCAGAUAAUACCAGCUGCUAUUGACUGAAUUGACUGAAUUAUUGAGUCAAUAUGUCACUGACAUCAUUACCACUUGUCUCAAAAUUAUCAAAAAGUGUCAUUAGAAUAUUAGGAUGUAAUCCAGGUGUAAUGACACUUCAAGGUACAAAUACAUAUCUCAUUGGUACAGGCAAAAGACGUAUUUUGAUUGAUUCUGGUGAUGAGGAUACAUCAUCAAAGUACAUAAAACAUCUUGAUGCUGUGUUAAAAGAAGAAAAUGCAACAAUUGAACACUUGAUAAUAACCCACUGGCAUCAUGAUCAUAUUGGUGGUUCAAAAGCUGUUGAAAGCCUUGUUAAAUCAUCAUCAAAUGUAACACCAACAAUUUGGAAAUUUCCACGUUCUUCUGAUGAUGAUAAUGACACUGGUUAUCCAGUAGAAAAUUGGCAACAUCUUGUGGAUGAACAAUUGUUCCAUGUUGAAGGUGCUAAAUUGAAAAUUAAAUAUACACCAGGUCAUACAACUGAUCAUGCAUGUUUGUUACUUGAAAAUGAAAAUAUAUUAUUCAGUGGUGAUUGUAUACUUGGUGAAACAACAGCUGUUUUUGAAGAUCUACAUGAUUACAUGAUAACACUUGGAAAAUUAUUAAAAUUAAAUUCAACAUGUAUUUAUCCAGGUCAUGGACCAGUUGUUGAUAAUCCAAAUGUUAAAAUAAAUUAUUACAUUCAACAUAGAAAUAAAAGAGAAAUUGAUAUUUUGAAUGUUCUCAAAGAAUCAAGUGAUAAUUAUUUAUCUGUUAAUGAUAUUGUUGCUAAAGUUUACAAGGACAAAGAUGAAAGCUUGUGGCCAGCAGCUGCUAAAAAUGUCAUUCAACAUCUUGAUAAAUUACUGAAAGAAAAUAAAGUUAAAAAAUUAAAUGAUUUAUGGUUGUUGAUUUAAAUAAUAAUAAUAAUAUUUAUAAACAAUUAAAUGUUAUAUUUAAAAGAGAUUAUUAUGAAAUUAAAUAAAUAUUGUUUUGUAUAUUUGUAAUUGUUAAAAGUAAAAUUAGAAAUUGUUGGGAAACUUUUGCUGGAAGAAAAAAGUUGAAAUAAAUUUAAUAAACAAUAAUCAUUAGUUUAAUUUAAAACAUUUAUUCAAAGAGUAAUAAUAUAAUAAGACAAUUUUUGUAAAUUUUAUUUAAAAUUAUUUUUUUUUUUAUAUAUUUAACAAAAAACUUGAUAAUCAUUGUUAACUACGUGCAAAAUAUCGAUUAGAUUUUAUAUAUAUUUAUGUAAAUAAUUACGAAAUGGUUACAAUAUUUUUUCAUGUAUAUUUUUAAAUUUGUAAUUAUUCAGUUACAUAAAUUUGUUUAAAUUAUUAACUCGUCAUUAUGUAUUUAAAUUUGUUUUCUUUUUUUUCAAUAUAGCUUUUUUGUUUAUAACAAUUAAAAAAUAUAUAAUAAUUUUUUAAAAUAAAUAUGUCGUUUUUUUAUGGUGCCUUUGAAAAUUAACUGCCAAAUUUAGACAUGUCAAUUGACAGGUAAACCCAAGGCCUUGUUUUUUUUUUUUGACAUUAAUUUUUAUUAUUUUUUUUUUCUUUGCAAACGUCAGUUAUUUAUUAUUAUUUAAACAAAUAUUAUUU